CCGUCCUGGUGCCGCAGAGCUGGUCUGGAGCACGCUGGGAGACCGAGCCCUGCUAGGCCACCUUUUGUGACUUUCACUUCCUGCGCGCUGCAUAGGAAGGACUCGGGGAGACGCUGAAUCCGCGCAAUGGAGGCAAUGACCUUUGAGGAUGUGGCUGUGAGCUUCACCAUGGAGGAGUGGGCUUUGCUGGAUCCAUCCCAAAAGCAGCUCUACAGAGAUGUGAUGAGAGAAACGCUUGGGAAUGUGGCUGCUGUAGGUAGAGCCCUGGAUAACCAUGAAGGUGAAGAAGAGCACACAAAUGACUGGAGAAAUCAAAGAAAUGAAGAUUUGGAGAUAUGCUAUCCACUAAAUAUGUCCACCAUAGCUCACACUGGACUAAAGACAUAUGAGAUUUGGGGAUUAGAAGACAAACUGUAUCAGUGUAAUGAACACAUAAGAACCUGCAGUGAUUUCCACACCUCUCAGAUGGAUGCAAAUACAAAGGCUGGAGAGAAAUCCUAUGAAUGUGACCACUUCGAAAAAUUCUACUGGGUUCUUAGUGAAAAUACUCACCUUUUAGAGAGAAUCUUUGUAUAUAAGGAAAACUUGAAAUUCUCCAGCAUACCCAAUGAUUUUCAGUAUAUAUAUAAACAAUGUGGGAAGCCUUUUAAUAGCCAAAGUCAUUGUAAAACACAUGAAACAAUUCAUACUGGGGAGAAACCCUAUGUAUGUAAUCAAUGUGGAAAAACUUUUAGUACACGAAGUUGUUACAGAAGACAUGAAAGAAGACACACUGAGGAAAAACCCUAUAUAUGUAAGCAAUGUGGGAAGGCUUUUAGUUCACAAAGUCAUUGUAAAACUCAUGAAAGAAUUCAUACUGGGGAGAGGCCCUUUGUAUGUAAGCAAUGUGGGAAGGCUUUUAAUUCACAAAGUAAUCGUAAAACACAUGAAAGAAUUCAUACUGGGGAGAAACCCUAUGUAUGUAAACAGUGUGGGAAAGCUUUUAGUGCACCAAGUACUUAUAAAAGACAUGAAAGAGCUCACACUGGGGAAAAACACUAUGUAUGUGAACAUUGUGGAAAAUCUUUCGGCUCACAUGGAGAUUGUAAACGACAUGAAAAUAUUCACACUGGGGAGAUAUCUUAUAUAUGUCAACAGUGUGGAAAAUCUUUUACUUCACAUAGAAAUUGUAAAAGACAUGAAAAAACUCACACUGGAGAGAAACCCUAUGUAUGUAAGCAAUGUGGGAAAGCUUUUAAUAAACAGAGUCAUUGUAAAACACAUGAAAAAAUUCAUACUGGGGAGAAACCCUAUGUAUGUAAGCAAUGUGGGAAGGCUUUUAGCUCACAAAGUUAUUGUAAAGCUCAUGAAAGAAUUCAUACCGGAGAGAAGCCCUAUGUAUGUAAGCAGUGUGGGAAGGCUUUUAAUUCACGAAGUCAUUGGAAAACACAUGAAAGAAUUCAUACUGGGGAGAAACCUUAUAUAUGUAAGCAAUGUGGGAAAGCUUUUCGUGCACAAAGUUGUUAUAAAAGACACGAGAGAACUCACACUGAGGAUACCCCCUGUGCAUGUAAGCAAUGUGGGAAAGCUUUUAAUGAACAAAGUCAUUGUAAAACACAUGAAAGUAUUCAUACUGGGAAGAUACCCUAUGUAUGUAAGCAAUGUGGGAAAGCUUUUAAUACACGAAGUUGUUUUAAAAGACAUGAAAGAAUUCAUACUGGGGAGAAACCCUAUGUAUGUAAGCAAUGUGGAAAGGCUUUUGGUUCACAGAGUCAUUGUAAAACUCAUGAAAGAAUUCACACCGGGGAGAAGCCUUUUGUAUGUAAGCAAUGUGGGAAGGCUUUUAUUUCACAAAGUCAUUGUAAAGCUCAUGAAAGAAUUCAUACUGGGGAGAAGCCCUUUGUAUGUAAGCAGUGUGGGAAGGCUUUUAAUUCAAAAGGUAAUUGUAGAACACAUGAAAGAAUUCACACUGGGGAGAAACCCUAUAUAUGUAAGCUAUGUGGGAAAGCUUUUAGUGCACAAAGUUGUUAUAAAAGACAUGAAAGAACUCAUACUGGGAGAAAUACUGUAUGUGAACAGUGUGGAAAAUCAGCUCAUAUAGAGAUUGUAAAAGAUGUAAAUGAACUCACACUGGGGAGCGAACCCGUGUAUGUAAGCAAUGUCGGAAAGCUUUUAAUAAAGUCAUUGUAAAAUACAUCAAACAGUUCACACUGUGGAUAAACCAUUCAUAUAAUAAGUGUGGCAAAGCUUCUCUUGCACAAAGUUAUUAUA